UGCAUGGAUGGCAAACUGAAAAUUGAAAUUGGAAGUAAAAAUCAACAUUUUAGUUUGGACUCUUUAUUUUUUGUUACGAGAUUGGGCUUGGGCCCGCUGAAAAGAAUAAAGCUUGCUCUUUAUUCUUACACAGAUUUCCAUAAGAAUGACAGCUAAUCGGUGUGAAAUUCGAGUGAAGGCUAUUGCUUUCUCUGUUGAACACAUGAGAAAUCGUAUCCUGGAUUGCAAGCGCGCCCAUCGCCAAUUUUAGCUCGAAACAAGGAAAUUUUAUUUUUCCCCGGUACUCUCAAAUUCCAGGACACAUUGUUAAAUACGAUAAUAAGUCAUGAAAAAUCUCAAUUUGUAGUUCAGUCGAUUUACAGUGUUUUGACUUUUUAUCACAUAUGGUAUUUUUGUCUUCUUCAAAUGUUACGCUACCUUUGUUAGAUCGAUGCAUGAAGAGUUUGACACCGGAGUGAAAAACGGAAGUAACGAAAAUAUUAAAUUUAUUUAGCUAAAUUUGCUAUUAAUACUAGUACGUUGCAUUUAGAAAGGAUUAAUUUUGUAUGGUCAACUUUAUUUAAAACGUUAUUCAGCAACAUAUAGCAGGUCUUAUCAGGACAGCUACAUUAAAUAAGAUGUCCAAUGAAAGUUUCAAACUUUCUCGGGAUGAGUACAGAAAUUUAACUCGAUGCCUUGGAAACGAAGAAUUUCGAGCUUUAUUCAAAGAAUACUGUGAGGAAUUGGCCGACCCGGAAAACCGGAAACAAUACGAAGAAGAAAUUAAGAUUUUGGAAGCUGAGCGUGGUUACGAUGUUAAAUUUGUUAAACCACUACCGGGUUAUGUAAUUAAGUCCGUUACUAGCGGGCUUAAAAAAGUUUUCAUCAAUGUUUGUCAUUGCGAUUUGAUAAAUAGGCCUACUAGUCAGCCGGGAAACGAUGAAAAUGGUCAGAAGGGCCUUGCUUGGAGCAUACCUUACGCUCUAAGCGAACCGAGAAAUGACUUGGAUAAUCGAAAACAAUCCUGCACUGUUUACGAUGUUGUUUUCAAUUAUGAUGCUCUGUACUUGGCCAAAAACAAUAGUAAUUUUCGAAAACUUGUAACUGAUACGGCAAUGGAUGCUGUGGAAAAUGCUUUCAAGAUUGAGCUCGAUAAAAAAGUUUUAAAGUUCCCUAAAAUCCAGUACAAAGGAACUCCACGGAUGACAGUAAUACGGAACAAAAAACAUGAUAGUGAUUACACUGUUGACACCAAUGACAAAAUAUUGGCGCCCAAUGCUCAACAAACAGCGGAAAGUUUGGUUGAUGAAUUACAAUCGCAAAAGCAGGAAGAAGACUUUAUUACACCUACUUUUAAACUGGUGCAACGAAAAUAUAUAGAACUGCAUGAAACCACGGAAGAGUUGGACGCCAGAAUAGAUAUCACGAUUCCCAAGGCAUUGGCAAUCGACAUUGACUUACCACUGCUUGAUUCAAUAGUUGAUUGUGAUUUGGAUGUCACCGAUAGAAACUUACAACUAAUUAAUUUGAAAGAAGGCUCUAAGUACAAACUCAACAUAAAACUGCCAUAUGAAGUAUCUGAAAAAGAGGGGAGUGCAAAAUUUAAUGCAGAUACAAAAAUUUUGAGUAUAGUUCUUCCAGUCAUUCAAAAACGUAAAAUUUCCCUAAAAGAAAUUAAUUGUAUGGAUAGGAUACAAGAAGAUGCAAUGAAAAAAGCUAUCCAAAAUGAUCCAGAUUUAAAUACAAACGAUGUUACUCUUGCAUUGAAGCCGACUCCCGCCGUAAAUAUGAACACACCAAGCGUGACUUCUCAAGAUUCCGAUAUUUCUAGGAAAAAAAUAUUUCCAAAAUAUUCUGUGAACAAAAUGGAAAGCAUAUUAGCAUUCACGUUAAACGUACGAAAUGUCGAUCCUGAUAGCAUCGUCAUCAAGAAAGAUACUGAUGGCGUUUUGUGCUAUUUUUCAAAUAUGGGAGGUGGUUUUUAUUUGUCUUGCUAUUCAUUCUACGUGCGAUUUCCAAACGUAAAUGUUCUGGAUGUGAUUCAUGAACAGUGGGAUAAUAAUAUAAUUCUUCAACUGAUUCUGGAUAACUCUGAUGUUGACGUGUACUACUCAGGUUUAAAUGAAAACAACGUGAAUCAGCACUCCAUUUUAGAAGACAUUUCUGUGAAAAAUAAUUUUAUUGACAGAGAUUUCAAGGAAGAUAGCCUUAGUAUUGCUGUAUGUAGCAAGCAGAUCAAGGCACGCCCUAAAUCAUCCGACUUGAGCAUAGAAAUCAAGACCAAAGAUGAAAUCAUCUAUAAGUGCGAAAUUGGCGCUCCUACCGUAGGAAAAGAUUCAUUAGAAGAUUCCAUAAACUUUGAAGAUUCUUUGGAUGUUGCAGAAAAACAAAAUACAACACUCAAAGAAGAUACACACGAAACUAAGAAAUCUAAAAGGAAUGCUCGGAAACGGAACAAAAAGAGAUCUGUAUCUGAAUCUCUGUGCGAUCAGUUAAAGGUGAGUAAUAAAACAAAUAAUGGAAUUUCUAAACCAGAGGAUUCAUCGCUUAAGGAAGAUUUAGCGGAUGUAACAAAUCAAAUGCAGUCAUCUCUUUCAACGACAACUGCGGCGCCUCGCAAAACACGCAGCAUUUCUGAAUCUUGCGCUAGAGAUGUUUCUACUGAUUCCGUCGAAAAUUUGUCAGCUUUGAUCGACUUCAACCGAAAAUAUUACAAGGGUAUUUUGAAGCACUCAUCUUUGAAUAGAAGCAUAAGUGAGUGCUCUUCUUUCGAAGACAACUCCUAUAUAGCCACAUCAGUUGAUUGUUCUGGAGAAAGUCACAAUGCUGUUGAAUUGUCAGAAAGCUGUCGAAAAACAGUUAGAUUCAAUGAUUUUAUAAAAACAAAGCUAUUUAGAUCAAAUUCCAGCAUUCUUGCCCAGAAAAAGAAAAAUGCGAAGAAAAACGAAAGUAAAAAGCGUGUUAUGACACGUAGAGCCAGUGAAGGAGAGAGCACAGACAACGAAGACAAAGAUUUUGUGAAUGUCAACGAUGUAGUAUCCAACACAAACAUUGAAAAUGGUCAGCACGAUAGUGGCAUUUCACUGGACUCGGAUGCUGGGUAUUCUGAAAAGGAUGAGUUUAUCGUACAAGGUGAACAAUUAACUGAUGUGGUAAAUAGUAAAGCUGCAAAUCAAACUAAGGUAACCAAUAAAGCAAAACUGCCGCAAAAAGGCGCCGCAAAGUUUUCAGCUUCAAGUGAUAUCGAAUUCAAAAGUGAUAUGAUAUUUGAUAUAGAAAUGUAGGUAAGGAAUCCUAAUUUAAAUUGUUUUCAUAGUUUACUUCACACCUUUCAGCUGAAAUAUUGUAUAACAAACUGCGAUUAUGAAUAUGUAAUAUUUGAAUUUUAAUUGAAUAAAAAA